AUGCCGACCCCUACGCAGAAGAUCUCCGGCGCGAUCGCGCAGCAGCGUGUCGGGGACGCAAGCCGGCGUCGAGAUGCCGAUUCCCGACGCGCAGAAGGGGCGUCCCGCGAUGAGCUAUGGCCGCAGGAGCCUGUCGAUCAUCUGGGGAGGCCGUGGGGGCAGGGAGACAAGGGGAGCCAAGCCCCUCCGCUGGUGCUUCGCGAGACGCCUGAGCUCUUCGACAGGAAUAAAGAGGCGGGCCUGGCGUGGAACGAUGGUCGGCUUGCGACGGAGUGGAAAAUGGAUGAGCACGCCGUCGUCACGACCGCGAAUGCGACGUGGAUGCCGGAGUUCCCGGUUGCCACGCCGGGACGCAUCUGCACGCGCUCGGACGGUCGAUGGGGGCCGCAGGAGUAUUCACUGUGGCCGCAGAUGUAUCACAGCAGAGUACUGCACCAUGCCUGUAUUCCCGUAAAGGACGGUGACGUGGAGGGUUUUGAGACGAACGUAAGGUGUAUGUUUGACGUCGUCGAUCCCAGCUGCUGGGCUGCGGACGCUACGUGUGGAGUACCUGACCUCGGAUUUCUGAGUCCGAGGUACCUGAACCUACUCAAGAGCACCGCGCAACGCGUCAUCAUCAAGUAUCAAACCUGUGGUGACGACAAGGAGGAGAAACAAAAGCAAUUGGCCCUCGACCAGCUCUUCAUCCUCCCGACGUGGAGAACGCACGCCGUGGCCCUCGCUUCGCAUGUGCAGCGGCUCACGCUAGAACUGUGCGGGCUCAUCGUCCUCUUCGACGUCGUUCAGCCCCGUGUGCACAAUCGCUCGUUCGUCGCGAAGACGCCUCUCGCGGUGCGCGGCGCGUUCACCGACAACGCGGGGACCGCGCAAGGCCUCUUCCGGCUAGGAAUACCCACGUGGUUCAUCCAGCCGUUGACCUCCUUGGUACGCGUCGUAAAGGCGGUUAAUCCUACGCCGGUCUCCUCGCAGAUGAGCGAUGAGUUGUCGCAGCCGCGCUUGUACAGUGGCGAUGGAGACCUCGCGGGUAUCGUGCAACACCCAGGCGAUUGGCCGUUCAAGAUGCAACAAGAGGUUUUGAAGAACCUCUGCGACGUGAAACUACCAUCAAUGCCUCGGGUGCUCGACACGGAUGGCGCGCCGCCCGCCAAGAAGGCGAGGGCCGACAACAGCGCAGAUUCGAAUCUCGAUCGCGUUCAAACGAACCAACCCGGCAAUUCGUCCCAAUCCGGCCAUUCGUCGCGCCGAACGCAUCGUGGCAAGCGAGCAGCGGCCCCGACUCAGCCUGUUCCCGUUCACCCGUCGCUUUGCUACCAGAGGCCGAAGACGUCGGUCGUUCCGGAAGUCUGGGCAGAAGCACUCACGGCGGUCGGCACUCUGCCCCCCCCACGUUCCGCCUCCACUUUCUAUUGGCCCCCUCCCUUCUGGUUCGAGAGCCAAGGCGAGAAGGUGAAGCGGUAUUUCCACAACUACGUGCGAAUCCGGGGCUUCUGUAGGCAACGGUUGCUCGAUCCUACCCUCGGAGCCGAGCCGCUACGCAUUGCAGAGUGGCGCGAUGCGCUAUGGGGGGAUUACCAGGUCCAAGUGAGCGAAGCGACGUCGACCACGUUGUCGAAGAAGAACAAGGACCGUCGAGACGUCCAGCAAAACAUCCGCCGCUUGUUCUCGAAGACGGCAGGUCUGCCGACGUACGACAGUGCGCAAAGUCUGCAGUGGGGCGCAAACGCUGUGAACGUCGACUCGGUGAAUGGACCCGCCGUGCGCGCACAGAUUUUGUGGGAAGUGCACGAAAUCAACUGGCGAUGUGAGAUGCGAGAGCUCGACGCCGCUCUCACUAACUCGCAUGAAUGGGGAACGCUGCAACGGUGGGAGCGCGAAGCGCGAGUCUGUCGCAUCUGGAGCGCAUUGGGAUCCGGUCUGCGUGUCAUCCCUCGUUGGGAGCAGGGCGAACGAUCGACUGCCGUCUGGCUGCGUCCUCCACAGAGUGGAUGGCACGACGGUGUCACUACGCUCGUCGAGUUCGUCGAGGUCAUGCGGCGUUGGCCAGGACUCCCCGAGGAACUAAAGGUUGUACCCAUGAGCAUAUUUGACUACGACGAACAGGCUUUCGUGAGUUUUCAGCGUGCGGCGGUCACCUUCUACGUCCGUUCUUUCGUCGACACAUUCCAUCGCUUGCCCACGCCGCCCGCUGUAGUACCUGAUGGAUGGCUGUAA